AUGAUUAAGUCUAAGUUGUAUCUUGAGUACAUGAACGAGUAUUUGGCCAAUGUGUCCCAGACAACGACCUCUCAGAAGAAGUCUUCCACCCCCCAGUCAGUCCUUACGUCUCCAGGAGAACCUCUGACCCCUUGGGGGCGCCCUGGGCCCUGGGGGCGCCCUGACCCCUGGGGGCACCGCCCUGAGCCCUGGGGGCGCCGCCCUGACCCCUGGGGGCGCCGCCCUGACCCCUGGGGGCGCCGCCCUGACCCCUGGGGGCGCCGCCCUGACCCCUGGGGGCGCCGCCCUGACCCCUGGGGGCGCCGCCCUGACCCCUGGGGCGCCGCCCUGGGCCAUGGGGGCGCCGCCCUGACCCCUGGGGGCGCCCUGGGCCCUGGGGGCGCCGCCCUGACCCCUGGGGGCGCCCUGGGCCCUGGGGGCGCCGCCCUGGGCCCUGGGGGCGCCGCCCUGACCCCUGGGGGCGCCGCCCUGACCCCUGGGGGCGCCGCCCUGACCCCUGGGGGCGCCGCCCUGACCCCUGGGGCGCCGCCCUGA